ACUUAUCUUUUCUCUUUUACACAAAAAACAUUAUGUCUGUGUAUUUCCCCUUUGUGUAGGUUCAUAAUGGAAUAAAAACAUGGUUCACACAGACUGAUUUCUAGGUUGACGCUGCACAGUAUAUUGUUAAUGUGUUUUCUCGCGUCCAUAAUAAAUUAUUUCCAUUUUGGUAAAUUAGGUGGUAUUAAAUUAUUCUGUAUUCUGUAUUAUUCAAGUAUUCCAACAGAAAUGUACAGAAAUGUACAGCAGCGUCUCCAGGAUUCUGAAAGAAUUCUGAUACUAUUAAUGAAGACGCCCAGCUUGCAGGAGGAUCGCCCCGCUGUUGAACAUGGCCACCCCAGCCAGCGCUCAGAACCCCAGUAAAACGUGGGAGCUCAGUCUGUACGAGCUCCACAGGACGCCCCAGGUUUGUAUUACUGCUGACAAGCCCACUGCACAGGAGGCGAUCAUGGACGGCACUGAGAUCGCGGUGUCCCCGCGCAGCCUGCACAGCGAGCUCAUGUGCCCCAUCUGCCUGGACAUGCUGAAGAACACGAUGACCACCAAGGAGUGCCUGCACCGCUUCUGCUCCGACUGCAUCGUCACCGCACUGCGCAGCGGUAACAAGGAGUGUCCAACGUGUCGUAAGAAGCUUGUCUCGAAGCGCUCACUACGCCCUGACCCGAACUUCGACGCCCUCAUCUCCAAGAUCUACCCGAGCCGGGACGAGUACGAGGCACAUCAGGACAGGGUGCUGGCCAGGCUGAGCCGGCUGCACAACCAGCAGGCCCUGAGCUCCAGCAUCGAGGAGGGGCUCAAGAUGCAGGCCAUGCACAGAGCACAGCGCGUGCGGAAGCACCAGCAGGAGUCUGACAACACCACGUUCAGCGGCGCGGAGGACAACUGUGACAGCCGCUCCCAUCUGAGCCACGGCUCCGCCCACAGCGCCACUCAGGAGGCGGGGCCCAGUCGCAAGCGCUCCAAGGCCUCCGACGAGUCCUGCCCUGACCUCGAUCAGUCACACGAGGGGGGCGUGACCAGCCCCCACGAAUCUUCCAGCUCAGAGAUCGAGCUGGUCUUCAGGCCACACCCCCUGCUCGUGGACAAGGAUCAGUACUCGCAGACCAGGUAUGUGAAGACCACAGCAAAUGCCACAGUUGACCACCUGUCCAAGUACCUGGCCCUGCGCAUUGCCCUGGAAGAGCAGCAGAGGGCGCUGGAGAGCAGCGCAGGGGGCGGGGCCGUCAGCCUGGAGGAAGUGAGCGAGAAGCAGUACACCAUCUACAUCACCACCUCCGGAGGCCAGUUCACUACACUGAAUGGAUCGCUGACGCUGGAACUUGUAAACGAAAAAUACUGGAAAGUAAGCAAGCCCCUCGAACUGUACUACGCCCACACUAAAGAGCAGAAGUGAUGGGCAGAGGGGUGCACCCCCCCUUCCCUUCCUCCCUCCCUGCUUCCCUCUCGCUUGUUUACCUUCCUUUCUCGCUCGUACGCAAGCACUCACUCACUGACACACUCAGAAUGAAACGGAAACGCAGGCAUGCAAAACUCGGGCAAGCACUCACUACUCACUGACGCACUCAAGAUGAAACGGAAACACAGGAAUGCAAAACUCAGGAGAAAGACUGCGUUUAAAAACCCAGCGGAAGGAUUUUCAAGUUUUGUGUUCCUGUUCAGACUCUUUGACCACAACUACUGUUCUGUUUUUGUGUGAGUGUGUUUUUUUGUUAAAUAUAUGUUUAAUUCUUCUCCCCUUUCACAAAUGAAUUGGACCUGUUUCUAGAAAUAUACAGACUGUUACAGUGAUGGCCGUGUUUUCAUGAUGUGAAAGAGAAUUUGAGUCUCAAGUCACUCCAGGGUUGGAUUGAAGAAUAUAAUUUCUUAGCAGUUCCAUUUACUGUUGGGUUAACUGGACUUCUAUUCCAUUACACGUUUUAAUUGAAACUAGAUUUAAGGCAAUGCAGGCUUUACCUUGUUAAUUAUUACCUUUUUAUAUGGAAAAAUAAUAUUGCUAUGUAUCUAGGCAACAUCCUUUGUUUAAAAAAAAAAAAAAAAAACCUACAUCACAUACCUGUGCCAUGCAAAUAUACCCUUUUGAGGGAGGCUUUUAUGUGUGUGUUCGUGCAGCAUCAAUGGGUAUUACAUGGUAAAUAAGUUACUAUUAUGGUUAAUAAUUAGACUCCCAUUGCAAAGCAGUUUGAGCCAGUCCAGGUUUUAAUUCAUUCUGUGAACUUAAUAAUAUUAAUCAAAACUCCAGUUGCAGAGCAGUUUAAACCAGGUUUUACUUGUGAGUUAAAUUAACACUAAAGUUAAUUUUCAGCAACAAAAAAUGCAAGUGCUUGAGAUCUAUCUGCAAAUGUAAAUCUGCGAUUCAUAAUUGGCACAACGUUGUGGGAGCAUUGUGGAUACUGGAGGGUACGUGAAGGGUGGUAUUCAAAGGAAAAUGUUUACAGACACGGCCAGCAGGGACUUGUUCAACAAACAUUCAGGUAGAAUGAAAUCAAUGCAGAACAAUGUUGCACGAAUUAUGAAUCGCACUAUGUAUGUAUGUGGAAACAAUGAAAAACAAAUAAUCUUUCUCAUUGAAAAAUUGGUGCAGAAAUACUGUAUAAAAACUACCAAACCUGUCUUUCAAACCAAAUCGCAUUGCAGUUGCAGCUUUGUAUUUUAUUUUCUUCUUAAAAAAAAGAAAAAGGAAAGCAACCGUGUUGAUUUUAUUGUUGUAUGUGUUGAUUGUGUUAUUUGUAUGUGUUGCUGGAAUUCAGUUGAGCUGAACGUUCUAAUGUUGCACUGCUGUAAAUUCCUGCAUCGUUGGAAAUUGAGGAGAAAAAACGUGUACUGGCCCCUUACUGGGUUUACAACAAAUGGAUUAAUUUGGAAGUUUAGCACAAAACAGUUUAUAACUUUACAGUGGGGGGGGAUUUAAUAGAUUUAUUUUCUUUGGACCAGCUUAACCAGCUCUUCAACCAGCACGAAUGAACCAGCACUGACCAGCAGACUCCAGCACUCACCAGCAGCCCUGACCAGCAGACUCCAGCACUCACCAGCAGCCCUGACCAGCCCACACUAGUUCUGACCAUUGCUGGUGUUUCCCUCAGGCUGGGAAGUCUCCAGACACUUCCCCUAUGUAGUCAGUGCUGUAGUUCAAUCAAUCCUGCGAUCCGGCUCCAAUGAAACCCACAGCACUAAAAGCUGCAGCCAUUUUAGUUACAUACUGCAUUGUAAUAUCAUGUUAAAGUAAAAAAAAAGCACAGAGGCUUGGUUAGCACUGCUUUAAAGGGUCGCAGUGAUGGUGUUGCCGGUGCUGGUUAGUGGUAAUGAAAUAGAUUUAUAAAAAAGCCCUAGUUACCACUCCUUUAAAGAGGGGAGCGGUGGCCGUCACACUAAGAACCUGGGUUUAGUGUUAACAAAGCUGAAAAAUCGAGAUUUUAAAGGUGCUUUGGUUGGCAUUCUUUUAAAGGGAAAUACUGAUUUAAAAACCUGGGUGAAAGAACCUGUAAUGGGGGUCAGUGAUAAUGUUAAUAAAGCCAAUACGAGGUAAGAGUGGAUUUCAGCACUGUUGUUAGAGUGGGGUGGUGAGAAUGUUUAACACUAAACACAAAUCAUUUUUCACUCCACACUUCUGUGAAUACGGUCCUGUUUUUUAUUGGUGGUUUGAUAAUCUUUGGUAGUAACUGUUUGAGACCUUGACAGUUACUGUCGUUUUUACAUUUUUUAAGUAUAUUAAAUGCCACAGAUUUGCGUAAUAUUUAGAUA